AUGGACAUGGAGCUGGGGCCAGGCUUCAGCCCUGGAACUGGGUUCGCCCUGCGGUGCCGAGCUGCGGUGAUCUCUUGCCUUCACCGCCUGAGCUGCCACAUGUGCCUGCCCCCGCCUCAGCUGCCGGACAGCUUCCGCCUGCUGCUGGGCUCCUUCCUCUUCGGCGCGGCCGGCGGCGCGCUGGCGGCGGCGGAAGCCUGGCCCUGGGUGCCCGUCUAUUGCGCCCUGGGGCUCACGAGGACCGUCAGGAUUGCCACUCGGCGAGUGCUGGUCCUGGCAUUGCUGCUUGCUGCUUGCUUUUGCCUCGCCUCAUGGUUGUCAGAUCCUGCCCAACGGCUGUGCAACGCAGUCCUGGUGAUUUUGUUGGAGCUCUGCUGGUUUCGAACCAUGGAGAAGGUUCUGAAUCAUUGGUUCGAAAGUUUCGUGGCAGUCAUAUACCUCUUCAUGGGUGUUUUGAUGGUCUUCGCCUUUUAUCCGGCCCUGCUUCACUACGGGCCAGAAUUGCUGAAUGCGGACUUCUUCACCAAGAAAAGUGACAGCGAGGUGCUCCAGGACACGUCAGGGACUGCCAGUGAGUCUGACAUCUUUGCAUUUUCCUUGUUACCGCUGUUGUUCAUCGUUGGCAUACCCUUGUUGUCCAUGGUGGUUCUGAUCUACUGCUGGAUGUGCCACCACAUGUUCCGCAUGGUGCUGGCAGUGGGCUUCACCUUCGUGGCAUGGUUGGUCACCUAUGCACUGCUCGAAUUCUUGCACGUACCCUUCUCCCGGGACAUGCUGGGCAAGGGCUUGCUGGUCACGGUGUGUGUUGUGAUGUACGGCUUCUUCACCCGUAUGACCUCGCUGGACUGGGAGAACUGCACGGCCAGAGCUGCCUUUGUCUCUGCUGGCUUUGUGGCGUCCUUCAUGCUGGACGCCAUCUUUGGCGCGGCGGAAGGGGAGGUGGGUGUGCGCACGCUGUACACCAUGUUCUUGGCCUGCAAAGCGGCAUAUUUCAUCAUGGAGUUGGCGAUCGACAAAGGUGCUGAGACACUUCUGCAGCUGUUGCCCCCUUUGAUUCGGAGGGCGGAAAGUCCAGAACUGCAAGCGCCGGCGCCCAGUGAUGAUUCCGAGAGGUUGCAGAGCGGCUACGAGAUGAUGGCCGCCAAUGAUGCCACGCGGCGAGAGGUGGAGUAA